AAAACUAAACUUCCGCGGUUGCUUCAUUGCGUCGGGGCGUCGGUUUCGUUAGCAUCGUCGUCUCGUACCAAGCAUCGGUGAACUUGGCCCUGCGUGAAGUCAACGAACAUUCAGCCUUAACGAGUUGUGGAUAUCUCGGGCUUUGAGAGACUGCCUGUGAAACUUCCGAAGCACUGCUGCGUCGGCUCGGUUGUAAGGAAGCGACAAUGAGGCGCCAGAAGGGUUGUCCCUAUGGCCCCACCAACGACUACCUGCUGAGCAGCCCAAUCGGACAGCUGCUGGUCAAGAGUUGCCCUCACGGCCUGCAUGAGCUGAAUCAAGUGGAGGGCAUCAACGACAGCACAUUUGCACCAGAUGAAAGUGCUGAGGUGAAGCUCCUCAGCCAGGAGUUUGAAGACAACGGCUACACGUACCGUCCCGUCCUGAGCUGUCUCUCGUGGCUGGACGGGUACUUCAGGGACGUGGACAGGAUCCCUCAGGUGCCCCUGCCCCCUAUCUGCGAGGCUACCUGCUUUCCAAAAGGUUCCUUCCAAGGACUGGUGUGGCGCACCCUGGUGGAGGCGGCGGGCCCCGGCACCACGCUGAGCUACGGACAGCUGGCCGCCCUGUGCGGCAACCCCGGGGCAUCCAGGGCCGUCGGAUCGGCGCUACGCCGCAACCCACUGCAGCUAGUUGUGCCUUGCCACAGGGUGGUGCGUGGCGACGGAAGCCCGGGACACUACUCCGGGGGAUCCAGGGACCGCGUCAAGCAUUGGCUCCUCAGCCACGAGGGAUGUCCCUGCCCAGUGACUCGGCAUUAGGAAGCUGGUUUUGUGCGGAGGUCAUUGCCACAGCAGUUGUGUACCUAAAAUUGUGGAAGGGUCCACCUGUUGUCCUAGCGCAUCGAGACGACCGGUGAAGUCAACACAUCGGGAAUAAAAUUCCGCGACCUUGAAAAGUAGGCCAGGAUAAGGAGAUCCCUUUGGUGGCUCGGGGUUUUAAGCUGCGGAGGAUCUCGUCUUUUGGGCAUUCUGCCGGUUAAGAUUUGGCGUUAAAGUAUCAUGCUCUAUAAUCUUGAAGGUUGAUGGAAGCGGGACAUGCCCCUCUGGCAAAACCCUCCUCUUUCCACUUUCAAACAUUGAAGAGGAGGCAAGCAGACUUGCCACCCCUUUGGUGUUCGCUUGCUAAAACGGAAAAAGUGGAGGGCUUUGCCAGAGGAAAUUUUCCCGCUUUUCUUAACCUGGAACGGGAUGUAGCAGACUUCAUUUGUGAUCUGUAGGACCACAGGCUAUCUUCUGGAAUGUUGGAUAGCGAGACCAGUCCAUUACAUGACUGACUUGACGGUUUGUUCCAUUCCCGUUUCACAAGACACCGGUUAAUAAAACGAGUGUUUGCUGCCUGGCUGAAAUCAACUGCAAAUGUAACGGUUUUUUUUUUGGUUUUUUUAAUGACAGCAAGUGGUUGUUAGGCUUCAAAGAUGUUCAGUGAUCCAGCAUUAAAAGUUUAUUGUGGUCUCUCA